CCGUGCUGCGAAAACUUCUGCCAACUGCCGUGUGCUGUUCAAUUUUGCAAAUACCCUUGCAUUCAUUACUAGGUUUGAAACCAUGGCCAAUGUUAAGUCGCUCAGCGACCUGAACGGGGAGGGGGACGACGACAAGCAGAGCAAGCACAACGAUUACUAUGCUGGUGGUGAGAAGAGUGGCCAGCUACUCCGAGGAGCCCCUGAGGAUGAGUCUGACGAGGAGGAUGACCGCGUGGGUGCGCUCUUCAACCGCGCACGCCAGGCGGGCGCCGCCGCCGGCACUGCCGCCGACCUGCCAGGCCAGCCGCCCCGCGCCUUCCAGGGCACCGGCCACACGCUAGGAGGCGGCCCGGUGCCGAGCAAGCCGCCGCCGGAGACGGAGGGCCCCCGCAACCACGUCAUCACCUUUUACAACGACGGCGUGUUCACAGUGGACGACGGCCCGCCGCGCCGCGUGGACGACCCAGCCAAUAUGCCCUUCAUUGAAAGCAUCUCAAAGGGUGAGUGCCCGGCGGAGUUGGACCCCGGCCGGCCGGGUGCGCCUGUGACCGUGAACCUCAUGCGCAAGGAGGAGCCGUACUCGGAGCCGGAGCGGCCCAAGCAGUACUUCACCGGCACCGGCCGCACGCUGGGUGCGCCCACCUCCACCUCUGCCGGCGCCUCCACCUCCGCCGCCUCCGCCGCCGCCGCCGCGGCCGCCGCCGACGCCUCCGCCGGGGAGUGGCAGGGCGUGGACGAGGCACUGCCGUCCACCAGCCUGCAGCUGCGCCUGCCCGACGGUAGCCGCAUGGUGGCGCGAUUCAACCAGGGCCGACACACGGUGCGCGACAUCCGGCGCUUCGUGCGCGCGUCGCGGCCCGACCUGUCGACGGCCUACCAGCUGAUGACGGCCUUCCCCAACAAGGUGGUUGAGGGCGAGGAGCAGACGCUGGAGGCGGCGGGGCUGGUCAACGCAGUCAUCAUACUCAAGCUCUGAGGCGGCAGGCCGGGGGGAGGGGCGGCUGAGCGGGGGUGCGGAGAAGGUACAGGCAGGCUAGGGUGCAGAUGCAGGUGUUUUGGGGGAAGUUUUAGGGAGAGCAAGGCGGCAGGAGGAUGCAAGGGCGAGUGGAAUUGUCAUCCGCCCUGGGCGGUGUCAGUAGUUGAGGGCCGUGCUGGUGCUGCUGCUGUGCGUCAAGAGCUGAGUAGUGCUUAUUGGCACCCUGGAAGUCACGCAUGGAACUUUUGCCUGCGGUCACCAUAUUUCUUCAGCCAGCAGCGGUGCAAGGAAGCAUGGUAAUGCACGGAGCAGAUGUGGAUAGUCAGUCACACAUGCUGAUGUGCGCAGAGGCGGAGACGAGGGGUGGAGGCAAGGCGGCAGGCCGCUGCGGCUGACCUACUCUUGCGGCUGCGAGUGCGCUGUCUGUCUGAUUCCCCUGCGCCAUCCGUUGUGGGGUGGCCCAGGUGGUUGGCAGUGCGCAAGGGCAAAGCCCACGGGCUGGCACCAGGGCCUGGCACGGUUCCCACGACUAGCACGGAACUGAACGGCCACCCGAAACAUGGGUGCCCAAGGAGGAGCUGCACCUCACCGCCUCACAAAGUCAUUAAUGCUUUUGCUCUUA